CAGCUCUUGAUUUGACUCUCUGCCUUGCAAUGGGUUAAAACUAUCUGCUUCAUUCAGCUUCAUUCUCAAGAUUAUCUUAAUCUGAAGCUUUUGUUAUUUGCCACUUGCUAUUUAUUGCUUUCUGUAGUAAAUAUAAGUCCAUUUUUUACGCUUGCUUGCUCACCGAUUCACUUUUUCUGUUGUGCUACUCAUAUGUAGUCAUAUUCACAGUACUCUGCAUGCUCCUCUGGUACACAGAGUACCUUGUACUUUGUGCUACUGGGAAGUCGAAAUACAACUUUCCUUGCUUCUAAAAUUUUUUAAACUCUCGAAGUGAUUUUGGGUAUACGAAUUUGUAUGUAACCCAUACGAAAAUACCCAAGCUGCCAACUUUGGGGAAAUUCUUGGGAAAUCCCCAAAGUGAAAUAGCCUUCCCCAAAGUUUGGGGAAGUUCUGGGAAAUUUUGGGGUUUUCGUCUCAUUACCCCAAAAUUUACUAUAGCGGCUUUCCCAAAAUUUCCCCAAAAUGGACCAAAUUUUCCCCAAAGUUGGUAGCUUGGGUAUAGGUAUCUUUAUUUCAUCUUUCUGUAGGUCAUGUAAAUCCAUGUCAGCUGAAUAUACGAAGUGUCUCUAGAAUAACUUUACAUCAACACUGCUAGACCUUCAUGUUCUUCUUUAGCGUAUUAUUUUAUGUGUAGGUGUUUCAAACUAUCCGGUAGUAGCGGCUUAUGAGGCACUGUUAUUAUUAUAAAGAACUUUGGAUUAAAAACUAGCCUUCUCAAGUUAGGAAUUGUUAGCUAACUCGGUAACCCAGGUAGUUAUCUUACGUUGUCAACUAAGAAUCUAUGGAGUCAUGUUUCCAGAUGAGUAGCGAGCAAAACACGCUCCUGGUUCACAAUGGAUAUCUUUUUUUGAUCCUCAGUUUUUACUCGGUUCAUAUCGUUUGGCUCAACAGUUAUCGAUUGGUCAGUUUCUGAGUCAUUAAUGAGAUCAAAAUGUUUCUUAAAAUAUUUUGCCUUGACUUAAUCCCAAUUUCUUCGAAGCACUUCGGUAAGAUGCAUCGAGUUAUAUUUUAUAUGAAGUUAGAAGUUGCAAUUUAAACUAUUUACUGGAAACAAUGUCACAAAAUCUAGCGAAAAUGAUUCGCAGGUGUAGUUUAUUUAACCAGAAUAUCUAUCCCACCUUAUUUUGUAAGAAAUUCGUAUUUGAAUGUAACGCCUACGAAUGCGAUUUAUUAAUGGUACUAUUGUUAUUAUUGAAAACUAUUUGCUGUAAUAUGCUAUAUUUUACAAUAUUCUGUGGAUAGUUUUAGUGAUCUAUGUGGUCCAUGCUGAAAGUCUAACGUUUAUUUUUGUACUUUUUCUAAAAACAACCUGUAUUCUUAUGUUCCAGGACUAUCAUUUUGGUGGUCUCAUGAACUAACUAUCCAAAUCACUUAGCAUUGAUCCUAUGACACCCAUCAACUGAUGACAAACCAAGUUGUUUUGAAGUAUGAAAAGCUAGAGAAAAUUGGAGAAGGUACAUAUGGUAAAGUCUAUAAAGCGAGGAACCGAGAGACACAUGAAAUUGUUGCACUUAAACGUGUUCGACUAGAAAAUGACGAUGAAGGUAUUCCUAGUUCAGCUUUUCGAGAAAUAUGUCUCUUAAAAGAACUUAAACAUAAAAACAUUGUCAGACUUUUUGACGUCCUGUUAAGCGAGUCAAGGCUAACAAUUGUAUUUGAAUAUUGUGAUCAGGAUUUGAAGAAAUACUUCGACAGUUGUAAUGGUGAUAUAGAUCAGAAUACUGUAAAGCUUUUCAUGUUCCAACUUCUACGUGGUCUUCAGUUUUGUCACAGUCACAACGUUUUACACCGAGACUUGAAGCCACAAAAUCUACUGAUCAAUGAUAAUGGAGAGUUAAAGUUGGCUGAUUUCGGUCUGGCUCGCGCAUACGGAAUACCCGUGCGACAAUACUCAGCAGAAGUUGUCACACUCUGGUAUCGACCACCAGAUGUUCUUCUUGGAGCUAAAUUAUACACAACCUCAAUUGAUAUGUGGUCAGCUGGUUGUAUUUUCGCUGAAAUGUCCAAUGCUGGAAGACCACUUUUUCCUGGUUAUGAUGUUGAUGAUCAAUUGCAGAGAAUUUUUAAAUUAUUAGGAACUCCCACUGAAUCAACCUGGCCAUCUGUUGUUGAAUUACCCGACUAUGAACCAUUUACUGUGAUGUAUCCUCGUACAAUGAAUUGGCAUCAAGUUGUUCCGAAAAUGUCAUUUCGUGGUCGUGAUUUAUUACAACAACUUGUUAUUUGUAAUCCAUCUGACCGUAUAUCAGCUGAUCAAGCAUUAAAACAUUCAUAUUUUGAGAGUAUUCUGUGAUAUUAAUUUUAAUUGAACAAAACAAACAUGGAUCAAUAAGUUUUGCUUUUUUUCGAAAAAAAAUCAAUUCAAUUUGAAAAUGAGAGGGAAAAAAUUAGUAUUUAUAUGUUUUCGUAGGAGAAACCAAACAAAAGUUUGUCG